AUGGGCUUCUGCGCCUGUAUUGAUAUUGGAGCGGAACUCUCCGCCUUUUCCGUGCUUGUAAGUCGUCGGUGGGAAGGCUUUGCCGGUAAGCCUCUGCCAUCGAAAGUACCCCGCACAGCUGUUCCUCCACCGCUCUCUUGCUUCCUCCGGCCUGCCGGUAACACUGGCCUCGCUGUCCGCUCCAGCCACUUUGCCGUGCUGCCGAAACCGCUUUCCCCUCAUGGGGAUGCUCCUCCAGUGGAGUGGCUGUCUGCCGUCGAGUGUGGACGAGAGACCUAUCGAAUGACUGCUCCAAUCGCCCCAUCCCGUGUCGGUCUUUCGUCCCGACCCGCUUCCAUCAUCUCGUCCGUUCCAUCAGUUCCGCCGCCCUGCUAG